ACAACAUACAGUAGCCUUCACCUUGGUGGGAACCGGUGACCAUUCAGACAGUAGUAGGAUGCCCUAACCACUAAGCCACCUCCUUCAUGGACCAUACGUAUCACAUAAUUGCAUACAAACGUAUCGUCACUUGUUCCAUAGGUUACACAUGAGUCACAUCCUGGGUAAAAUGUGCACUGUGUCUGCCCCCAGUCGAACUGGACGGCAGUGGUCUAGAUAAUGGUGUUUGUUUAAACCACUGCACACAGGCCCCACCUCUGGCUUUCCCAUUGUAUACGGUCUGAUACAUAGGCAAAGUGAAAGCGCUUUGUUAGCUGUGCGUCUGCUUUUGUUGACCCAUGCCGGGCCUGUUAUUUUUAAAGCCCCUAAGAUAGGUCCGGAUUCUCUCUGCUUGGUACGGCCCAUCAGGGGCAGGCCAACUUGCUGAGCAAAGUUUUCCCAUACGAUGUAAUCAUCACGACUAUCAGCUGGCAUAGCAGAUUACCGACAGCCAGCUGAUCCUGCCCUGUUCCUCUCCCUCCUUGCCACCCCCGUCCCUCUCAGACAGGCAGCCUCGUCACAGUUUGGGAAACAUUACUCCUGGAGGCGUUCUGGAUGUGCCCGUGUUUACACUUUCUGCCCGAAACAGAAACCGGGGCUUUUGGCUCUCUCUAUCAGCUGUUAGCCAGAGUGUGGUACGUGGCUGUGCUUUUAUGGUACUUCUUUUGGAUUAGCACUGGGAAAAAUGUUCAAAGGUCAGACCGAGAGAGGAUUCCUCUGAGCAGAGUCAAGAACGGAAGAGAGGAGUGACGGAAGGAAGUGCCUGGGACAUCUCAGUCCUCGCGGGUAUCAGCGACAGACAGACUCUCUUUCCCGGGCCAGCCCAGCUCUGUACGGAGGGGAGGGGUGUGUGGGCCUGCUGCCGGCUCUCUGCCACCGCUUCCUCUCCGCCCUCUUGGAGGAAAUCCACUGCUGCCUCUCAGAAGAACAACUGAGCCCCGCGUCGCGUUUAGUCCCGCUGGCGGAAUAUUCCGUUGGGGGAAAAAAAAAAGCAGCGAAAGGAUAAUAAAGGCCGUUUAUUGAACGCAUGACGGAAAGUCAUGGGCAAUGUGUGUGGCUGUGUGCGGGGGCCCAAGGAGGAAUGCUAUGUGGACCCCACCAAAGCUCCGCUCAGCCCGGGGCCCGGAGAACUCCGCGGCCGUCACUACUUCCAGCGGAAGAAGAAGAGGAAAUCGGGGGAGUUUCAGCGUCCGGAAUCCCUCCGGAGCCGAGGGGGAGAGGGGGCCCGGAUUGAGGAGGAUGUUCCCAGCGUGGCGGAGGUUGAGCGUGGAGCGCACGGGGGCGUCAGGGAGAGCCAAGCAGGGAUAGAGAGAGCACUGGAGGGGGACGCCUCCAGACCUCGGCACCAAAGUGUCAGCGAGCGGGUGUAUGUCGGACUAGUCCCCAAAGUUCCUCUUGGGGAGAAGUUGGGGUUGCGAUCCGGACACGUUCCUGCACACCAGACGGAGAGCGGGGCGAAGCUCCACGGCGUCAUCAAGACCUCCAGGAGUAUCGCUUCUAAGGACGGGCUGCUGGAAAAGAGGCUUCUGAAUAGGCAGCUGAGGCGGGCAGUGACAUUUGGAGCUGUGGAGCAUAUGCUGCGCACCCUGAGAGGGGACGGCGGGAGGUCGUUGAACGUUAAAGGGCUCCCUCAAAUCAUAUGCAGCACUCAAGUGCGCAAGAAGAGGAAGAGGGCCCUUACCUGCUCAGGUGUAGCGUUCCCCCAUACCUAUUAUUUGCAGCCUCCGCAGGCACCGGCCAAAUGUACAUCCGCCCAAAAUGAGAUCUCAGAGAUCCAUGUUUGCGGGGAAUCCGAGGACAUGACAGCCAAGGAGCGUCUGCUGAUGUGGUCCCAGCAGAUGACCGAGGGCUAUGUGGGUGUACGUUGUGACAACUUCACCACCUCUUGGAGGGAUGGGAGACUUUUCAAUGCCAUCAUUCACAAAUACAGGCCUGACCUUGUGGAUAUGAGCCGAGUGUCGUUGCAGAGUAGCCGGUCAAACUUAGAACAGGCCUUUGGUGUUGCUGAACGGCUUGGCGUGGCCAAACUUUUGGACCCUGAGGACGUGGAUGUGCAGUCGCCAGAUGAGAAGUCAGUCAUCACUUAUGUCUCAACACUAUAUGAUGUCUUCCCUAAAGUUCCCGAUGGUGUUGACGGUAUCAGUGCAAAUGAUGUUGAUAUCAGAUGGGUUGAGUACCAGAACAUGGUGAAUUACCUGGGCCAGUGGAUCAAACACAAUGUGGCAGUGAUGUCAGACAGAACGUUCCCUAACAACCCAGUGGAACUUAAGGCACUUUAUACACAGUACUUGCAGUUUAAGGAGAAUGAAAUCCCGCUGAAAGAAAACGAAAAGAGCAAAAUCAAACAUCUUUACCAAAUGCUUGAGGUUUGGAUCGAGUUUGGUCGUAUUCAGCUGCCUCCAGGGUAUCACCCCAACGAUGUGGAGAAGGAAUGGGGCAAGCUGAUUGUGGCCAUGUUGGAGAGAGAGAAGAGCCUGAGGCCUGAGGUGGACAGGCUUGACAUGUUGCAGCAAAUUGCCGCUAGGGUCCAGCGGGACUGUGCCACUGGAGAGGACAAAUUGGCAUUAGCAAGAACAGCUCUGCAGUCUGAUGCUAAGCGACUAGAGUCUGGGAUCCAGUUCCAGAACGAGGCGGAGAUUGCUGGGUACCUCCUGGAGUGUGAGAACCUCCUGAGACAGCAGGUUGUGGACAUCCAGGUCCUGCUGGAUGGGAAGUUCUACUACUCAGAUCAGCUUGUUCAAAGGGUGUCCAAGCUCCGUGACGACCUGCUGGGACUCAGGGCUGAGUGUUCUUCUGUGUACAACCAAGGACGCACCCUGACCACUGAACAGACCAAGAUGAUGAUCUCAGGCAUAACCCAAAGUCUCAACUCAAGCUUCUCUUCAUCAAACCUAACCCCGGCGCUCACCCCUGGAUGCCUGGGAACCCCUGGCCCCACCUUCACCUCCAGCCUAAGCCCGAGCCUCACUCCUGGCCUGACCCCUGCCAUGACCCCCAGCGGAAUGCAGCCUGGCUCAGUUCAGGCCUACAUGGGUGGUGGAGGAGGGGGCAUGGAUCCGGGAUCCCUCCAGCACCUCAAACACAUGCAGAUCCGCAAGCCCAUGGGCAAGGCCUCUCUAGUGGACCCCAAUAUGACAGAGGAAGAGGUCAACUUGAACUUUGUGCAGGACCUCGUCAACUGGGUGGAGGAGAUGCAGGUGCAAUUGGAUCGUGGAGAGUGGGGAUCCGAUUUGCCUAGUGUUGAAACACAUUUAGAGAACCACAAAGGUGUUCACAGAGCCAUUGAAGACUUUCAAAUGAGCCUUAAAGAAGCCAAACUUAGUGAGAUUCAGAUGACCCAAGCGCAAAAACAAAGUUAUUCUGAAAAACUGGGCAAAUUAGAAAACCAGUAUGGGAAGUUACUGAACUAUUCGCGAGAGCGUCAGAAGAACCUGGAGAGCCUGCGUGACUUUGUGUCCCGGGCCACCAUGGAACUCAUCUGGCUGAACGAGAAAGAGGAGGAGGAGGUCGCCUUUGACUGGAGCGAUCGCAACAGCAACAUUUCCAAGAAGAGAGAGUACCAUGCUGAUCUGAUGAGAGAGUUGGAUGACAAGGAGGAGGUGAUCAAGUCAGUGCAGGAUAAGGCAGAGAGACUCCUUCAGGAGAGCCACCCUGCCAGGCUAACUAUUGAAGCAUACAGAGCGGCCAUGCAGACCCAGUGGAGUUGGAUCCUACAGCUUUGCUCGUGCGUGGAGCAACACCUCAAAGACAACACAGUGUAUUUUGAGUUUUUCAAUGAUGCCAAAGAGUCCAUGGACUACCUAAAGAGCCUACAAAGUGACAUCCAAAGGAAGUAUGGCUGUGAUCGGACAAGCAGCUUACACAAGCUGGAGGAUCACAUUCAGGAGUCCAUGGAUGAGAAGGAGCAGCUUCUUCAGUACCGCAGCACAGUGGCUGGGUUAGUGGGCAAGGCCAAGACCAUCGUCCAGCUCAAGCCCAGGAACUCAGACACCCCGGUCAGGUCCUCCAUACCCGUCAAAGCCAUCUGUGACUAUCGACAAAUAGAGAUCACCAUUUAUAAGGACGACGAGUGUGUCCUCGCCAGUAACUCCCACCGGGCCAAAUGGAAGGUGAUCAGUCCGUCUGGGAACGAGGCCAUGGUGCCCUCUGUCUGCUUUACCGUGCCUCCACCCAACAAGGAGGCAGUGGAGCAGGCUAGCCGGAUGGAGCAGCUUUACCAGAAUGUUCUGGCCCUCUGGCACCACUCCCACGUCAACAUGAAGAGUGUGGUCUCCUGGCACUACUUGAUGGCUGACAUCAGAGCCAUCCGCAACUGGAAUGUGUCCUCGAUUAAGACCAUGUUGCCAGGCGAGCACCAACAUGUUCUUAGCAACCUGCAGUCCCACUUUGAUGACUUCCUGGAGGACAGCGAGGAGUCAGAGGUGUUCAUGGUGGCAGACUGUUCCCAGCUAGAGAUGGAGGUGCUGGCCUGCAAAGAGUACUAUGAGGAGCUGCUAAAGGCUGCAGAAAGAGAGGAACACGAGGAGUCUGUGUACAACCAGUACAUCUCUGAGGUGCGCAACUUCCGCAUGCGUCUGGAGGCCCAGGAGGAGCACCUGAUCCGACAGAUCCGCACCCCGCUGGACAGAGACGACCUAGAGCAGAGUGUGUUGCGCAUUAGAGAGCAAGAGAAGAAGAAGGCCGAGCUGGAUCAGCUUAAAGAGGAUCUGGAUACAAUGAAGGAGAAGUGUGAGACUUUCCUCAGACAGGCCGCAGCCUCUCCUUCUGUCCCUGUCCUGUCCUCUGACCUCAACGUCCUAACCCAGAGCAUGAGCCAGGUUUACUCCAUGUCCUCUAUCUACCUGGAGAAACUGAAGACGGUUAGUUUGGUGGUGAAGCACAGCCAGAGAGCAGAGGCUCUAGUGAAACUCUAUGAAGCCAAACUUUCUGAGGAAGAUGCUGUGAAUUCUGAGCUGAAGUCCAUUGACGCAGUCGUCAGCACGCUCAAGCAAUGGCGCUCAGAGAUUGAUGAGCAGCGGGAUGUCUUUCACGACCUUGAAGAUGGUCUACAGAAGGCGCGUGGCAUCAGCGACCGCAUGUUCAAGGCCCACAAUGAGCGUGACUUUGACCUGGACUGGCACAAGGAAAAAGCUGACCAGCUGGGAGAGAGGUGGAACAACGUACACUCCCAGAUUGAGAACAGACUUCGUGACCUGGAGGGAAUCGGUAAAUCACUGAAGUACUUCAGAGAAUCCUACAGCAGUUUGGAUGAAUGGGUCAGGGAGAUGGAGGCUGCUCAGCUAAAGACCCAGGAAAACCAGCCAGAGGACAGCAAGGCACUCGCUGAGCUACUUAACCAACAGAAGGUCCUAGUUGCAGAAAUUGAACAAAAGCACGGCAGAAUUGAUGAAUGCCAAAAGUAUUCAGAGCAGUACUCAUCUGGGGCUAAAGAUUAUGAGCUACAGCUGAUGACCUACAGAGCGAUGGUUGACUCCCAGCACAAAUCUCCACUCAAGAGACGAAAGAUGCAGAACUCAGCUGAUGCAAUCAUUCAAGAGUUCAUGGACCUACGAACUCGCUACACAGCCCUUGUCACCUCUAUGACCCAGUAUGUAAAGUUUGCCAGUGAAACGUUGAAGAGAACCGAAGGCGAAGAGAGAUGUGUUGAUGAGGAGAAAAAAAAACAUGGUGAUAAAGUAAGCCAGUUAUUGGGUUGGAUUUCCAGUGUGAAACCGGGCCAAAGCAAAGACGGUAAAGCCACCACAGACACCUCUAGUAAGCCCCAGGUUUCAAUAGAAGAAAUGGUAACAAAGAAAGAGCAAAUUGCAGAAGCCCUGAGGACAACACAGCUGCUUCUAACUAAACAUAGUGAUAAAAUGACUGAGGAGGAGAAGCAUGAGGCCAAAGAACAGCUGAAAUCCCUCCAACAGGCCUACAGUGAGCUCUCCCAACACUGUGCGGAACAGACACCCUCUGCUGACCAGGAGUUUAAGACAGUUGCAGGCGUUUUGGAAGUGGGAAGUGCAGAGGUCCACUCUGUGUUUAGUUCUGUGCAGAGCGGCCUGAUUGACCAUAUUACCGGGCUGUGUCUUCUGGAGGCUCAGCUCAUUACCUCUGGCCUCGUUCUGCCUCAGCUAAGGAUGUGCCUCGGGUUGGAUGAUGCGCUCCAACACAAUCUCAUUGACGAGGCCACCUGGAAGCAACUCAGAGAGCUUCACGAAGCCAAUGAGUGCCUCCUGAGCCCGUUGUUCUCCUCAGAGCCUCUCCCUGUCAUGGCAGCGGUUAGAGUCGGGGCAAUCCCUGAGCGCCUGGCCAUCAAGGUUCUAGAGAUUCAACUGGCCACCGGGGGGUUGAGGGUGUCCCACACUGGGGAUGUGCUUUCCCUGGACAGGGCCUUUCAGUCCGGUCUGAUUCCUUCCCCUCUGUACAUCAAGCUCGUGGAGAGACAGAACACACAGAAAGUCCUGAUAAACCCCAGCACUGCAGAGAAGGUCUCACUUGCCCAGAUGGUUCAGAGGAGUGUGGUUGAUAGAGAGACUGGACUAAGACUGGUGCCGGUAACGAAAAGCCACAAUGGAAGCUUAGAGCUGACACCUGGAAGGGAGAUGAAUGUACUUAGGGCAGCUCAUGAGGGGUUGAUUGACAGAGAGACUACACUGAGGCUGCUGGGGGCUCAGCUCUUUGCAGGAGGUAUUGUCGACCCCAAAACAGGCCGCAAGCUCACUGUAGAGGAUGCCCUGUCAGAGGACUUGAUCGAUGAAGACACUGCCAGUGGGAUACUUAGCCAGCAAGCCCAAUAUGGAGGCAUUGUGGACCCUCAGAAUGGAAGACGACUUACGGUGGAAGAGGCAGUUCAGUGUGGUUUGAUUAGCUGUAGAAGUGCACUUUUGGUGCUAGAGAAACAGGGGUUAAUGGGACUUUUAUGGCCUGGUUCGGGUGAAAUCUUGACAGUGUCAACUUCUCUGCUGCAUGAAAUCAUCAAUGACCAGUUCGCAUUCAAACUGCUCAUCAACAGACAGAAGAUAGCCGCCCUUUACAUACCAGAAGACUCCGAGGUAGUGGAUAUUGUCUCUGCUACUCAAAAGGGUUUUAUUGAUACACAUACAGCAGAGGUAUUGAAAACCAUUGAAAUACCUGAUGUUUUUCCUGAUGUUGAUGAGCUCAUGGAAAGCUUUUCAAGCUGGUUGAUGUUGAGGGAGAUUCAGAUUGGAGGGUUGCAUCGCCCAACAGAUCAUACUAAGAUUGAUGAAGAGAACGUAAAGAAACCAUCUCCUAUUGAGGCAAAACAGUUAUUCAUCUCAUACCUCAUGAUGAAUAGUUACAUGGAUAGAAAUUCUGGACAAAGGCUUUUAAUUUUAGAUGGACAGUUGACCAAAAUGGCAGAACAUUUAGUUGAUAUUUCAGUAAAGACAUCUGAAAACAAAAGACCAAACACUGGACUAAGUAGUGCCAUUUUUGGGAAUUCUUCUUUGAAAGAAGAUAUGUCAGAAGAUUCAAACAUUUCAUUUGAAAUUGAAACUGUGAAUUAUGGAUCUUUGCACAUACAUGAGGAAACAGAUAAAACAAUGAUGGACCACAAUGCUUCCAAUUUCUUCAGGGAUGAGUCAGAAUAUAAUCAGUCCGACAGUAAAACCUUUUCUGAUAAUCUGGUUAAGGUGCUACAUCAAGAUGGAACAGAGUUGGCUGCAGCUAUUGACUUUGGAACAAAUAGCAUGCGUCCAGAUCCUGAAAUAAACAUCAAUGAAAAUAACACAAUCUGUGAAAAUCCCAUAACUAUUGAAACCUCAGGUAAUCAACAAAAAUAUGAUUGUAUUGGAAGUUCAGCGACACUGACUCCCCCCAAACCAUGCUUAUUGAAUAUCCCAGAUAUAGGUUUGCCCUUUGGUGCACAGGAUUGCAAGGGGAUCCAAGCACAUGAUUUCACAGAGGAGUUAUCUUGCUCUGAUGAGAAUACCAGGCAGCACGAUUCUGACGGCAUUUAUCAAAAGAAUCCGAGCUCAUCACCUUUUCAAAUAUGUUUAGAAACCAAAGAUGUAGCUUUAAAUAAUCCACCAAAAGAAGAAACAGACACACAGGCCAUGUCGGAAAUCUCAACCACUCAUAUUUCAUCCUCAUUGAAUUGCCAAAAAAAUAAAAUAAUAGCACUAGGAGUCACAGAGGAAGCAUCUGUGGCUGUUCAUUCUGAAGACCAUGAUCUCUAUCAAAAUCUCUAUCAAAAGAACCGUUUCGGCACAAGGACAUUGUUUGAAAUUGAUAAAGGAAUACCUCAAGAUAAUCUACAAACAGAGAUGGUCAGUGGAGUUGCAGUCACGCCAAGAAUCUUAGAAUGCUCAGGACCUUCUAUAUUAUGCUUAGUGAAUGACACAGACAUGAGCUUGUCACCAUGUGCUGAGGAUUCUAAUAGUGUGACGGCACAAGGCCUUACAGAGGAAUCUUGUUUUAGCUCUUGUAAGAAUAUCAGUGCAAGCCCAGCACUAAAUGACAUUAAUUUGGCAGCCUCUGAAAUAGCAAUAGAAACCAAUUUGGAAAGUUUGGUUUUUCCUAAAUCCUGUUCAGUUGAUUCUAAAAAGACCAACAAACCACCUGAAUCUGAAGCCAGCGUUUUGAGAGAUGAAAAUAAGACGACACACAACACAAGUCAAGUGCCCGUUAAAAUUGAUGUAGAAACCUCACAUAUAGCUUCAGGUAAGCCAAAUGAGAUAUUUAUCCUUAAUGGAGGUUCAGCUACACCAGCUAUUUUGAAUAGAGAAUCUCGUCCUGGACCGUGCUCUGUAAAUGACACAGUCAUGAGCCUCCCCUUGGACGUCCCAGAGAAUGUGUCUAGUGAAAGUAUUUAUACCAGACAUCCUGAUAGCAUCUAUCAUAAGACUACUAAUAAAACAGCUCCAUUUGUAUUUGAUCUAAAACCCCCAGCUUUAGACAAUCAAAUAAAAGAGACUUUCACUAUCAAUGAAGGGUCAGGCACACAAACCGUUUUGGAAAGCUCAGCCACACCAAAGUUGUUCUUGGGGAAUGUCGAAGUGUCAAGUCAACCCGCCGCACAGGAUUCCAUAAGAAUGCCAGGACUUAAUGAAGGUUCUUCCUCUGAAAAUAAUGUGCAACUUAAGAGAAGGGAGUUUGCACAAGGUUUGGCAGACAGGCUUUCUACAUGUAUCGACUCAGAUCACAGUACCAGCCAUCCCGCCUCCAACGUAUGUGUUUUGACUGACAAAAGGGACACAAUAUGCACAAGCCCAGUGCAAUUUAAAAUUGAUUCAGAAACAGACAUUGCUUCAGAUAAUCAAGAAAGUUUCAAUGAAGAUUUAGAGGUUCAAGAUUCUACAUUGUACCCACUGAAGGACAUUGAUGUGAGUUUUUCCUCAGGUGCACAAUCUUCCCCACAAGAAACAUGUGGCUGUGAAACAGAGAAGCAAACGGACUUUGAUUCUUCUACAUUGACCACUUUAUUGAAAGACACCCUUGACACAACCACAGAGUUUCCGUAUGCUGAAGAAGUAGCAUGGGAUAAUGAAGCAGAGAGAGGCUUUGCGAUUCACCUUCUCAGAGCCCAAGUAGAGGAGGGGGGCAUUUUGGAUAUCAUCUCUGGGAAACGCUACAAUCUUGAUGCAGCUCUUGAUAAAGGGCUUGUGGAUGAGGAGACUGUGUUAGAGGUGCUGGCAUUGCAGCUGCACAAGGGAGAUGUAUUGGGGGAUAGGAGAAGCACAAUGGAAACUCUGAAAGAAGCUGUGUCUGAAGGCUCCAUAUCCUCCCAGGUAGCCCUCCAGAUCAUGGAACAGCAGAGCCUGUUAGGUGGUGUAUGUGACUCGAAGUCUGGAUGCACUGUUAGUGUAAGUGAAGCAUUAGAUUCAGGGAUGAUUGAUGGUGAUUUGGCUGAUAAGAUCCUACACUCAGACCAAGUCCACAAAGCAAUAAUUGACCCUGAUCGAAGUUCUACACACAGCAUUUCCUAUGCCUGUCUGGACCUCAUAGACAAUGCUGAGGCUGAGAAUAUGGAUUCGCAUCAGACAGACAAGAAGUUAGCGGUUUUGGUUCUUCAUGCGCCCGAUGAGGACGUUAAUCGGGAAAAAGAGAAUCGGAUAAGAUGCGCAGAGGAAGAUCUAGGAAUGGAGGGCAACCGAGAACUAAUCUGUGAUUCCAAGAAAUCUGUACUUCAUUCGUUCACCAUUAGUAAUGGGCCAGUACAUAGACAGAUGAUAACACGUAUCCUGCCAAAUCAGUUAACAGAGGGGCGGGGCACUCACCAACCUGAUACAACACCUUUCUUCAGGAAAGAUGGUUCCUCACAGACCCCCACCAAUCCACUGUCAGACAUAGUCCCUGGGUUUACAAAUGCCAUCCAAAAUGCUGUGUCGUCAAAGAGAUGGGAAACCCCCACCAUGAGCGGCGGUGGACCCAGUGGAGAACCUAGAGACCUGGCUGUGGAAGCGAGACAGACAGGUGGAGACUGUAACAAGACCAAUCUGUCCUGUGCGGCUGUCAGCUUCACUCUGGGUGAUGGGCAGGUGGGAGAGGGGCACCAGCACACAGCGGGGCACCAGACUGUCAGUCCGGUUCAGGGUGUCUCUGGCGUGUCCUGCUGGUUAUCUGACGGAAGGAGAACGGAGAACGAGUUGAAUGCCGUUGAACCAUCAGCCAGCUGGUUAGUCAGUGGGUCAGACCAGGGAAAGGAUGGGUCGUCAGCGAGGGGUUUGUCUGCCGAUGAGACAGGCCCAGUGUCCAGAGGAUUGUCUGCCGAUGAGACAGGCCCAGUGUCCAGAGGAUUGUCUGCCGAUGAGACAGGCCCAGUGUCCAGAGGAUUGUCUGCCGAUGAGACAGGCCCAGUGUCCAGAGGAUUGUCUGCCGAUGAGACAGGCCCAGUGUCCAGAGGUUUGUCUGCCGAUGAGACAGGCCCAGUGUCCAGAGGAUUGUCUGCCGAUGAGACAGGCCCAGUGUCCAGAGGUUUGUCUGCCGAUGAGACAGGCCCAGUGUCCAGAGGAUUGUCUGCCGAUGUGACAGGCCCAGUGUCCAGAGGUUUGUCUGCCGAUGAGACAGGCCCAGUGUCCAGAGGAUUGUCUGCCGAUGAGACAGGCCCAGUGUCCAGAGGUGUGGCCGUUCAUGUUGACAAACCUGCAACAAGCGGUGAUGGAGUUUUGUUGUUGUGCGCCUCUACUCUGCAACCUGUGGUGAGGUCAGAUGGGGACAUUGGUGAAGAUAUUGAGUCCUCAUACAAGUCCCCAGGUCAGAAAAAUACUUCUGUGCAAUUUUUGAAACCCUCUGAUUUAGCUGUUGUGUCCAAUGUACAGAGUUUAGAAACCCGCAGUGACAAUAAUGACAGUUGUGAUUUAGGUGGUCAAUUGCCCACUAAUGAGAUAAUAAGCCAAAUCUCCCCCCAUCUGACACUGAGUGACAAACAUCAGUCAAAUGGAGGUACUGAACAGGAAGCUAAAGCUAUUGACACUAUCUCUUCUGGGAGACGAGACAAGUCAUCUGAUGGCAGUUUCUCACACAUUACUGAUCCAGCUGAUUUACCCACUGUGUCCAAGACUUCACAGAAAGAACCAACAUGUCUGUCUGAGAAGUUUCCUGAUACAAGUUCAACAGCCUCUGACACUACCCCACCGCCUCCAUUACAGUCCACAGAGCCAAGUGUAAUAUCAAAUGUUGAACAAUAUAAAUGUGUUGUUGAGACUCAUCCCCAGCCAAUGGCUGCAAACAUUCACCUAGAAUCCUCCUCCAGUACACCCUCAACAUCAGAACUGACCUCAGGGCAUCAUGUAAAAACGGAAGAGCCUGGCUCAGGAUCAGAUCGAGUACAUGAUGGAAAUAGGAUGAAACACUGUGGUGCUGUUGAGAAUCACACCCAUCUAAUGACUGAUCGAGUUCCUCCCGCCUCUUCCUCCAUGACAACUGAUAAUGUCCCACCUCCAGUGCUGAACAUAUAUAGUGCUCUCAGGUCUGGUUUAGGUGAGUUGGUGAGAAUGAGGGUGGAGGGGGCCGAUGUCAGUGACUUGGAAAAGGCUGAGACCAAAGCAGUGGAGGAUAUCAUCAACAUGAUACAGGACAAUUCACAGUCCCACGGAGGGGUUUGUGGUGAUUCGGAAGAGACAGAUGCAGCUUGCGGGGUAAUGAAGAGUAGUAGCCCGGAUCUCCUCAGGGAUCUGUUGAAGCAAGAGUCUCUGUGUUCAGGUAAAACUAGUCCCGAAGAAGGGAAAUCGGCCAUUAAAGAAACACUGUCAUGUCAUGUGUCCCAGAUUCAGUCUCAGCUUCUGCAGAUUCUUAAAAGUGUAUCUUCAAGUCAAGACCCCGCCAUGCUUGAAGAUGUGAUAGGAACCUUGAGCAGUUUUUUGGGGGGUGCUUCUCAUGAAGAAAGGCCACAAAACCUAGAGAUCAUCCAGGAAGAGGGUUCAUCAGACGAGGCUGAAGGUGUUGUUGUAGAUCCCAUGGGAAGUCCUGACCUAUGCCAAUCUACCGAGGCUCAAUCCAGUUCAGACAAAGAUGAUUCUGAAGCAAUUCAAAGUCAAAGUUCUAAGGUCAGGUACUCCACCCAGGAUUUUCUGGAGUGUGUGGGCCGACUCCAGGACCAUGCCGAUGUUCUAGAGGAGAUCAAGAACAACCUGUCAUUUCAACAGGGCAAUAUCAGUAACAGUAUGGAGGAAUUACACUGUCAACUUGAGGAAUCUCAGUCUAUGGAAGCACAUCUUUCUGCACUGGCUAGCUUUUUAACCAGAGAUCUGGACAUAGCCAAGCAGCUGUUAAAGUCUGCUGUGGGCCUCGUUCCCACGCAUAUCCACCAAGAUCUGGCUUCAGCCUUUCAAAUACUGCAGCCAGCGUUUGCAGAUGUUUGUCAAAUGUCUGCAGAAAGGAACUGUCUUCUAACGCAGGCCAUUAACAAAGGAAAGGCCAAUUUGGAGUCAACAUACCACAAACUCCUCAGUAACCUUGAACGACUAGGCUGUGUUCAUGAGAUGGCCUGCAAACUAGACCUGAACACAUAUGAUGUGGACACAGUGAAAGACAUGAUCCAGAACAAUAAGGACAUGGACUCUAGUCUGUCAGGGAGCUAUAGAAAACUGGAGGACACUGCAUUUGAUAUCCAGCUCUUUAUCUCAGAACACGCCCAGUUCCUCAGUCCAGCUCAGAGCAGCCAACUUCUCAAGUCUCUCACCGCCACCCAGAGGACAUUUAAGGAGCAGAAGGAGAAGUUGGCCAACCAGAGACACACCCUGGAACGCCACCUAGCGAUCAGAGAGGAGGAGUGUCAACAGAAGUGCAUGCUGGAGAAGCAGAAGGAGUUGUCAGACAAGCUGCAGGAGCUGUGUGACAACCUCACCAAUACAGAGAACCGUCUCAUAGGCCAGGAGCAGCAGGUAAAGGUUGCUGAGAGUGUGGGGGAUCUCCAGCAGGUGCAGCAAGAACAUCAGGCCUUGCAGAAAGACGUGCUGACCAAUGGCAGCGCCUUGAACGAGGUCAUCAGCAGCACCAAGAAGUUCUUGGAUGAGAACCGGUCUAAACUGACCCCAGAUCAGAUUGCUGCCAUUGAGAGCAAGCUGGAGGAUGCCAAGAGCAAGGCCCAACUCAUCAACCAACGGGCUGAGGAGUCACAGAAGGUUCUGGAGAAGUCUGUGACUGCUGCUAUCAAACAGGAGACUGAGAAGGUUGCUGCUGUAGAGCAGCUUGAGGAGAGCAAGAACAAGAUUGAGGGUCUGCUGGACUGGAUAAACAAUAUGGGGACUGAGAAAGGGAUGGAGGGCGACCAGACCGACCAUAUGGGCAAACAGAACGGGAAUCUGCCAUUGGCUUCGGAUACUUCGGCUGAUAACAUUCUGGCAGAGGACGAUGACCUGAAUGGAAACAAUGGAAACAUUGUCCAGACUACAGAUAACGACUCUGGCAGAGAGGUGACAGGCGAGGCUUCUGAACCAGACCUGGACAAGCAGUACGACAGGAUCAAGGCUCGUCACCAAGAGAUCUUGUCCCAGCAGCAGGACCUGAUCAUGGCCACUCAGUCAGCCCAAGCCCUGCUGGACCGCCAGGCCCACACCUUGUCCCCUGCAGAGAAGGACAAGCUACAGAGGGACAUCCAGGAGUUGAAGGGUCGGUACAACAUGUCCCUCACCCAGGCGGAACAGCAGAUGAAGCAAGUGAUCCAGGUCCAGGAGGAGUUGAAGAAGUUCCAGGGAGACUUUGAGGAGUUCCAAGGAUGGCUGCAGCAGGCUGAGAGCCAAGCGGAGGACUUGGGGACCCCUGCUCGGGCUCUGGAUGUUCUCACAGACAAGCUCCAGAGACAGAAGAGUUUCUCUGAGGAUGUCAUCUCCCACAAAGGGGACCUGCGGUUCAUUACGAUCUCAGGGCAGAAGGUACUGGAUGUGGCGAAGGCCUGUGGACACAUGGACCCUGGGAGGAGAGACACCCAGUUGGAGGUGGAUACCACUGGUACCUGUGCUGCUGUGAAGGAGAAGCUGGACUCAGCUGCUAGCCGCUACAAAACCCUGCACUCUCAGUGUAACGAGCUCGGCAACAACCUCAAAGACGUGGUUGACAAGUACAAGAAGUAUGAGGAUUCGGCCGCUGCUCUCCUAAACUGGCUCAACAUCUCAGAGGAGGAGGCCAGGAGACAACAGUCUGAGGCCAUCGCUUCCGAUCCGCAAACCCUACAGAAACAGCUGGAAGACACCAAGGCUCUGCAAGGUCAGACCACUGGUCGCCAGACGACCGUGGAGACACUCCGCAAAACAGCUGACUCACUGGUCACCUCCGAGGGGGACUUGUUGACCAAUCAGGAUGAGAUCCAGGAGACAGUAGAUGAUAUUGUGGAGAGGUAUGACAACCUGUCUAAGUCAGUGAGUGACCGUAAUGAGAAGCUUCAGAUCACGCUCACCCGCUCUCUGAGUGUCCAGGACGGACUGGAUGAGAUGAUGGGCUGGAUGGACGGAGUAGAGGAGGGUGUGAACGACAAAGGACAAGUCCCUCUGAAUUCUGCGGCCAUUGGACAGGCGCUAAGCAAAGAGGCGGCUCUGGAGCAGGAUAUGUCGGGUCGCCACGGCAGCAUCUCUGCCAUGAAGGCCAAGGUGAAAAGGUUUGUGGAGACAGCUGACCCCGCCGCGGCCGCUCUGCUGCAGUCCAAAAUGGACGCCCUGUCGCAGCGCUUCUCUGAGGCCCAGGACAAGCACAAGCAGAAGGUGGGCCAGCUGGAGCAGCUGAAGGACAAGGUGGAGCAGUUUGAGAAGACCUCUGAAAAGGUGCAGCAGUUUGUGCUGAAACGCUCACAGACCCUCUCUGAAACAGACGGGCCCGGGAAAAAUGUCAACGAGCUCUCGCUGCUCAUGCAGGAUACUAACAAAGAGUUGGCUGAACAUGCCAAGGAUGUGGAAAUGCUGCAGAAGCUGUCAAUGGAGCUAUCCAGCAUGGAUCCAGAGGGAAGCAAGGCUCAGAUUCAAGGCAAGAUGGACAACCUCUCCAACACCUUCAACGCCUUCAGAGAUACUCUAAAGGAGAAAGAGGAGGAGGUGUCGUCCUGUCAGGACCAGCUGGGAGUCUUCACGGCUGCAGCCGGAGCUCUUAACACGUGGCUGAAGGAGACAACCGAGAAAGUCCCUGAGGUCCAGCCAACCAGCAGUGAAGAGAGUCUAGCGAAGGACCUGCAGAGAGUCACUGCUCUAAUGGAUGACUGGGCAACCAAAGGCUCUGCUGUCCAAGAUAUAAAUGCCAAAGGAUCUGCGCUAUGUAGCCUCAUCAGUGUCCUCACAUCUCCGGCCAAGACCAAGAUAACACAGAAGUCCGCGGUUACUAAUGGUGGGAACCAUGUCUACUUAACUAAUAAAGAGCUGAUGGUGGUGCAGCAGAACAUGUCGUAUAUCAACGAGGGCUACGAGAGCCUGGGGGAGCUACUGAAGGCACGGGGCGCUGAGCUCUCUGGUCUGGUGCAGGAGGUGACCGAGGCCCAGGCAGAGACAGAUGCAAUGAUGGUGUGGCUGAGAGACAUGAAGAAGACAGCAGCCUCCUGGAACUCUGCGUCCACGGAGAAAGAUGCCAUGAAAACACAGCUGGAGCAACAGAAGGCCUUUGAGGAUGAGAUGAAACAAAAGUGUGAACAGCUCCAGAAGUUGAGAGAGAAGCUCCUACACCUGAUUGAGAAACACCCUGACUCCCCUGAAGCAGCAAACUGGAACCAGAUGCUGGCGCAGAUUGAUGGCGCUUGGGCGGAUAUCAACGAUUUGGUGGAGGACAGGAAACAGCACCUUGAGGAGUCCCACAGGAACCUGGAUGUUUUUCACAGCAUCGAGCCACAGCUCCUCCAGUGGCUCUCAGAGAAGGAGUUGAUGCUCAGUGUCCUGGGCCCUCUCUCCAUGGACCCCAACAUGCUCAACACACAAAAGCAGCAAGUCCAGAUCCUCCUAAAGGAGUUUGACAGCCACAAGCCGCAGUACGACCAGAUUAAUGAGGCCGCCGCCGCUAUCUUGAGCACAUCAGACACGCAGGACCCCUCCUCCGGUGGCACACGGGUGAAGGAGCAACUGGCCGCCAUCACUCACAAAUGGCAGGACCUGACUGGGCGACUGGACCAGCGAGCUGGUCUUAUCGACCAGGCCGCGGAGAAGACGGGCCAAUUCCAGGGUCUGCUGAGGAGCCUCGGCCAGAGUGCCGCCUCGCUCGAGAGCCGCCUCAACGGCCUGCAGGCCCUCAGCAGUCAGCCCGACGUGGUGAAGAAGCAGCUGGAAGAGGCCAACAGCAUCUCUAGCCAGCUGAGGGAUGAGAGGAGGAGACUGAAAGAGGCUGAGGGCCUGUGUUCUGAACUCUCAACGCUGGUCACGGAGGACUACCUGAAAGCAGACUUGGCCAGGCAGCUGGAGGGUAUCACCAAGCCCUUCAGACUGUUAGAGGGCAAAGCAGGAAAGAGGAUCCAGCAGAUCAAUUCUGCCUUCGCCAGUUCCCAACAGUUCCACCAGACCGCCGAAGACUUCCAGGGUUGGAUGAACGAGAAGCUUCAAGAGCAGUCUAAACCCCAGGUUAUCUCUGCCCAAGUAGACACUCUGCGACAGAGCCUGAAAGAACAUGGUUCCCUACAGAAAGUAUUGGGCGAACAUGAGGAGCCGUACAGCAACAUCAUCAGAGAGGGAGAGACCCUCUUGCAGAACACCGAUGGGGCAGAGAAGGUGGCACUACAGGGACAGCUGGCAGAACUGCGUCACAACUGGGACGACGUGAAGAAGAGCUUGACUGAGCGCCAGGAGAAGCUCCAGGGAGCACUGCAAAAGGCCCAGAAGUACCACGAGCAUGUGGAGAAGCUCCAGUCCUGGGUCCAGGAGUGUGAGGCCAGAGUGGGAAGCAUUAAGCUCUGCGUGGACCCUGCCGAGGUGGAGGGCUCCAUAUCCUCGCUGAAGGCCAUCCAGAAGGACGUGGAUAAACAGAGAGGCCUGGUGGAGCAUCUGAGCACUGCAGCCGAAAGCCUCCUGGAGGUGGCCAAUGCAGACACCGACGCUGUCAGGCAGGAGAAGGCAGCAAUCACGCAGAGUGUGGACCGGCUGACGGAGGGGCUCCAGAACAAGAGGGAGUCUCUGGAGAAGAUCUCACAGAGGCUGAAGGAGUUCAACAACACACACAAAGAGGCUAAGGGCCAGCUGGAAGGGGCUAAGAAGCAGCUAGAAGUAAACGCCUCCUCCGGUGUCCAGGCCUACAGCAGCAAGAACCUGACCAACAUGAAAGCCCAGCAGAAGAGCUUGGAUUUGGUCAACACCCAAGUGGAGCACCUGAAAUGCCUCGCUCAGGGCCUGGUGGCUGACCUUCCUGAGGCAGAGGGGGUGACUGACCUCUUGCUACAAGCCGACAGUCUGGAGAAAGAGUACUCCUCCCUCAGCAGGGAUGUUGGGGAGACCUGCUCCACCUUAGAGGGCAAGCUGCAGGGCAUUGGGCAGUUCCAGACCCAAAUCCGUGAGAUGUUCACUUGCUUCGCGGACCUAGAUGACGAGCUGGACAGCUUGGCUCCUGUGGGCCGCGAUCUAGCCACCCUAAAGGAACAGCAGGGAGGCAUCAAGGGCUUUAUGGAGAAACUGCAGGUGCUGAUGGCUGACACAGCUCGCGGAGGGGACAGCUGUAAGAAGAUGCUAGAGACUGAGGCCUCCCCAGACCUUUUGGGCCUGAAGCGAGACCUCGAUGCUCUGAGUAAGCAGUGUGGCAAGCUGAUGGACAGGGCAAAAGGUAGAGAUGAACAAGUAGGGACCACACUAACCCGUCUGGAAGAGCUUUACUCUAAGCUACAGCAGUUCACCAACAAACUGGCCGGAGCCGAGGUCAAGGAGGAGAGUCAAGGGUCAGUUGGCAUGGAGACCGAUGUAAUUAACCAGCAGCUGGAAGCUUUUAAGGUAUUCCAGAAAGAGGAAGUUGAUCCACUGCAGUCACAGUUGCAAGACAUCAGCUGGCUGGGCCAGAGCCUGAUCCAGAACGCUGCCAAAGGCACCAACAUAAAGGGCCUAGAACAUGACCUGGAGGAUGUCAACACACGAUGGAACACUCUCAAUAAAAAGAUUGCUGAGCGGUCUGCACAGCUGCAUGAGGCCCUGUUGCAUUGUGGGAGGUUCCAGGAUGCCCUGGAGUCCUUGCUCAGCUGGUUGACGGACACAGAGGAGCUAGUGUCCAAUCAGAAACCUCCAUCUGCCGAGUUCAAAGUUGUCAAGGCACAGAUCCAGGAGCAAAUACUCCUCCAGAGGUUGCUGGAUGAGCGCAGACCCACGGUGGAGCUGAUUAAGAAGGAGGGGGAGAAGGUUGCCGAGCUGGGAGCAGAGUCUGUGGACAGGGAGAAGGUGGGGAAGGAGAUUGAGUGUCUGGGACAGCGCUGGGAUGCUCUGCUGAAGAAGGCUGAGAACAGGCACAAACAGCUGAAGAGCAUCCUGGUUGUAGCGCAGCAGUUCCAUGACACACUGGAGCCUCUGUCCGAGUGGCUCUCUGCCACAGAGAAAUGCCUGGCCAACUCUGAACCCAUCGGCACGCAGACCUCUAAGCUGGAGGAGCAGAUCGCCCAGCACAAGGCCUUAGAGGAGGAGAUAAUGGGUCACAGCAAAGACCUGGUUCAGGCCAUCAGUCUGGGUCAGAGGCUGAAGACGGUCAGCUCAGUGGACGAUAAGGAGCUAGUGCAGUCUAAGCUGGACUCCGCCCAGGCCGGGUACAUAGAGCUGCAAGAGCGCUGCAGAAGGAAGGCUGAGAUGUUGCAGCAGGCUAUAGCCAAUGCCCAGCUGUUUGGAGAGGACGAGGUGGCCCUCAUGAACUGGCUGAAUGAAGUGCACACUAGGCUGAACGAAGUGUCCGUUGAAGACUACAAGACAGAUGUGCUUGAAAGGCAGUGUGCAGAUCAGCUGGCCCUACAUGAAGACAUUGAGUUGAGGAAGCAAAAUGUUAAUCAAGCCAUUUCCAAUGGAUUGGAGCUACUGAAACAAACAACAGGGGAUGAGGUUGUCGUCAUCCAAGGCAAGUUGGAUGGCAUAAAGACACGAUACGCUGAGAUCAACGCCAUGAGUGAUAAUGUGUCCAAAACCCUGGAUCAGGCUCUGGCUCUGGCUUCCAAAUUCAAACACACCCAUGAAGACCUCAGCACCUGGCUGAAGAAUGUGGAAGCCGAGCUCAGUGCCUUCGCUGUUCAGGGGCCCGUUGGAGAGCAGCUCAUCCAGGCACAAGACAGGCAAAAGGGGUUGUUGAAAGAGGUCAGAGAUCGCAAGCCCCAGGUGGACAAACUGAAUGAGGUCAGCAGCUCACUCCUGGAGCUGGUCCCAUGGAGGGCCCGAGAGGGUCUGGACCAGCUGGUCACUGAGGACAAUGACCGCUACAAGGCCGCCACCGACACCAUUGCACAGAAUGUGGCGCAGAUCGAUGCCGCCAUACUGAAAUCACAGCAGUUUGAACAAGCAGCUGACACAGAGUUGGCCUGGCUCACCGAAGCAGAGAGGAGGAUGUUGUCAUUUGGGGAGAUCAGGCUUGAGCAGGACCAGACUACAGCCCAGCUCCAGGCGCAGAAGGGCUUCUCCAUGGACCUCCUCAGACACAAGGAUGCCAUGGAUGACAUAGUGAAAUCAGGCGAAGCCAUCAUGAACAGCAAGGAUGAGGAGGAAAAGCAAGCCUUGAAGACUAAGAUCCAAGCACUCCUGGAGAAGUAUGGUGCGGUCAGUCAACUUAACUCAGAGCGCUGCCUGCAGUUGGAGCGAGCCCAGUCUCUUGCCAGCCAGUUCUGGGAGACCUAUGAGGAACUGUGGCCUUGGCUCCAAGAAACCCGCGCCAGUUUCAGCCAGCUACCAUUGCUGGCCAUUGAGUACGAAGCUCUACGACAGCAACAGGAGGAGCUCAGGCAAAUGCGAGAGCUGAUCGCUGAGCACAAGCCCCACAUCGACAAGAUGAACAAGACCGGCCCACAGCUUUUGGAGCUGAGUCCUGGGGAGGGUGUCGCUAUCCGGGAGAAGUACUCUGCCACAGACCAGCUGUACACCCAGCUUAAGGCUGACGUCAAACACAGAGCCGCCACGCUGGAUGAGGCAAUCUCCAAGUCCACACAGUUCCACGACAAGAUUGAGCCCAUGCUGGAGUCUUUGGGGCGAAUUGCUGAACGCCUUCGCCAGCCUCCCUCCAUCUCCGUGGAGGUGGAGAAGAUCAGGGAGCAGCUCACCGAAAACAAGGCUGUGUCCGUGGACCUGGAGAAACUGCAGCCUUCCUAUGACACGCUCAAACAGCGCGGCGAGGAGAUGAUCGCGCGCUCAGCAGGAACUGACAAGGACCUGUCUGCUAAAGCUGUGCAAGACAAAUUGGACCAGAUGGUCUUUACCUGGAAUGAGAUCCAUUCCCUGAUGGAAGAGAGGGAGGCCAAGCUUCUAGAUGUGAUGGACUUGGCUGACAAGUUCUGGUGUGACCACAGUGCCCUCAUCGUUACCAUCAAGGACACCCAGGACCUACUGAGGGAGCUGGAAGAGCCUGGAGUCGACCCCUCUGUGGUGAAACAGCAGCAGGAGUGUCUGGAGGGAUACAAAGAGGAGAUUGAUGGUCUUCAGGAAGAGCUGGAUGUGGUCCGGACCCUGGGGGUGGAGCUUAUGGCUGCCUGUGGUGAACCAGAUAAGCCUGUCAUUAAAAAGAGUAUUGACGAGGUGAACUCAGCGUGGGAGACGCUGAACAAGGGAUGGAAGGACAGGGUGGACAGACUGGAUGAUGCCAUGCAGGCUGCUGUGCAGUUCCAGGAUAGCCUGCAGGGUAUGUUUGACUGGGUGGAUAUUGUGGAGAACAAACUGGAUUCUAUGUCACCUGUGGGCACUGACUUGGAGACUGUCAAGCAGCAAAUUGAAGAGCUCAAGGAGUUCAAAGGGGAGGCAUAUCAGCUGCAGAUCGAAAUGGAACGGCUGAACCAUCAGGCUGGCCUGCUGCUAAAGAAGGUGACAGAGGAGUACGAUCGCUGUGCCAUCCAGGAGCCCAUGACUGAGCUCAAAAUGCUCUGGGACAACCUGGAUGAGAAGAUCAUCAACAGACAGCAUAAACUGGAGGGAGCGCUGUUGGCUUUGGGGCAGUUCCAGCAUGCUCUGGAUGAACUUCUGGCCUGGAUGAGCAACACGGAAGAGCUGCUUAACGAGCAGAGGAAGGCUGCAGGAGACCCCAAGGCCAUUGAGAUUGAGCUUGCCAAGCACCACGUCCUCCAAAAUGAUGUGCUGGCCCAUAAGACAACGGUGGAGGUGGUGAACAAGGCCGGUACGGACCUGGUGGAGUCCACCUCGGGAGAGGAAGCCUCUGGUCUGCAGAGCAAACUGGAGAGCCUUACACAGCGCUGGAAGAGCAUCCUGGAAAAGACUGAGCAGAGGAGGCACCAACUGGACAGUGCCCUGCUGCAGGCCCAAGGUUUCCAUGGCGAAAUUGAAGACAUGCAGCAUUGGCUGAAAGACACAGAGCGUCAGCUGUUAGCAUCAAAGGCUGUGGGAGGCUUACCAGACACGGCCCGCGAGCAGCUUAACGCCCAUCUGGAGUUGUGUUCUGCAUUUGAGGCCAAAGAGGAGUUGUACCAACAGUUGAUAGACAAAGGCCAGCAGCUGCUCACUCUGACCCCCACAGGCCAGGACAGCAACACAGAGCAGGACCUCAGGAACCUGCAGGACAAGUGGGAGCUGGUUCAGACCAAGGUGGCUGACAGAAAGGUUAAACUGGAAGAGGCUUUGGCUCUGGCCACAGAUUUCCACAACUCACUCCAGGACUUCAUCAACUGGCUGACUCAAGCGGAACAGACUCUAACCAUGUCCUCACCUGCCUCCCUCAUCUUGGAAACCGUCAUGUUCCAGAUAGAUGAGCACAAGGUGUUUGUGACGGAGGUGAACUCCCACAGGGAACAGAUUAUUGAGCUGGAUAAGACAGGGACCCAUCUGAAGUACUUCAGCCAGAAGCAGGACGUGGUGCUGAUCAAGAACCUGCUGAUCAGUGUGCAGGGCCGCUGGGAGAGCGUGGUGCAGAGGUCAGUGGAGAGGGGACGUCUGCUGGACGACGCCAGGAAGAGGUCCAAACAGUUCCACGAAACCUGGAAUAAGCUGACAGAAUGGUUGGAUGAGUCGGAGAAGGCUUUAGAUUCUGAGCUGGAAAUCGCCAAUGAUCCUGACAAGAUCAAGACGCAGCUGGCCCAGCACAAGGAGUUCCAGAAGGCCCUGGGCAGCAAGCACUCGGUGUACGACACCACCAGUCGGACGGGACGGGCCCUGAAAGACAAGACGUCGCUACAGGACGACAACCAGAAGCUGGAGGGCAUGCUGAGUGAACUGAGGGACAAGUGGGACACCGUCUGUGGGAAGUCCGUGGAGAGGCAAAAUAAGCUUGAGGAAGCGCUACUGUUCUCUGGCCAGUUUACGGACGCCCUGCAGGCCUUGAUUGACUGGCUGUACAGAGUCGAACCUCAACUAGCUGAAGACCAACCAGUACAUGGAGACAUAGACCUGGUACUAAAUCUCAUCGACAGCCACAAGGUGUUUCAGAAGGAGCUAGGGAAAAGGACAGGGAGUGUGGCGGCCCUAAAGCGCUCAGCUAAGGAACUGAUUGAGGGCAGUCGUGAAGACUCCUCCUGGGUCAAAGCUCAGAUGCAGGACCUGAGUUCUCGCUGGGAGACAGUGUGUGCCCGUUCCGUUUCCAAACAGACCCGUCUGGAACAGGCAUUGUGUCAGGCUGAGGAGUUCCACUCUACAGUUCACAUCCUACUGGAGUGGCUGGCAGAGGCUGAACAGAGCCUGCGUUUCCAUGGCACCCUGCCCGACGACGAGGAGGCCCUCCGGGCACUCAUUGAGCAGCACAAGGAGUUCAUGAAGAAGCAGGAGGAGAAGAGAGUGGGCCUGAAUAAAGCCACCAGUAUGGGGGAGGCUAUCUUGACCAUCUGCCAUCCUGAUUCUAUCACCACCAUCAAGCACUGGAACACCAUAAUUAAAGCUCGUUUCGAGGAGGUCCAGGCGUGGUCGCGGCAACACCAGCAACGCCUGGCUGUGGCCCUCUGUGAUCUGCUGGCAACCCAGGAACUGCUGGAGGGACUGCUGGGCUGGCUGCAGUGGGCUGAGACCACCCUUAAUGAAAAGGACCAGGAGGUGCUGCCUCAGGAUAUAGACGAGGUCAAGGCCCUCAUCGCUGAGCACCAGACAUUCAUGGAGGAAAUGACCAGGAAGCAACCAGAUGUUGACAAGAUCACCAAGACACACAAGAGAAAGGCUGUGGGCGGGAGCGAGCCGGCCAUCCAGUCCCAAAUCCCUGUCCUGGAGAAAGGAAGAGGGGGAAGAAAGCGUUCUCCCACACAAGGCAUGUAUCCGUCGGCAACACAGUCUCCAAUAGAGACCAAGAAUCCCAGGGUCAACCUGUUGGUCAGCAAGUGGCAGCAGGUGUGGCUACUGGCCCUGGACAGAAGAAGGAAACUCAACGAUGCCAUGGACAGAUUGGAGGAGCUGAAGGAAUUCGCCAACUUUGACUUUGAUGUGUGGCGGAAGCGCUACAUGCGAUGGAUGAACCAUAAGAAGUCGCGUGUCAUGGACUUCUUCAGACGAAUUGACAAAGACCAGGAUGGAAAGGUUACCAGACAGGAGUUCAUAGAGGGCAUCCUGUCUUCCAAAUUCCCUACUAGUCGGUUGGAGAUGAGUGCGGUGGCAGACAUAUUUGACCGGGAUGGUGAUGGCUACAUUGAUUACUACGAGUUUGUGGCUGCCCUUCACCCCAACAAAGAGGCGUACAAACCCCUCACAGAUGCAGACAAAAUUGAAGACGAGGUUACGCGUCAAGUGGCAAAAUGCAAGUGUCCUAAACGAUUCCAAGUUGAGCAAAUUGGAGCCAACAAAUACAGGUUCUACCUUGGAAACCAGUUUGGUCUGGUUCACUGCUUACAUGACGAUGAGGUAGUAGCAAACAGGGACAGUCAAAAUCUAACCCCCCACCUACAAGUUGCAGUUUUGGAAAGCUGUAUUCUGUUUGGAGAUUCCCAGCAGCUUCGCCUGGUACGAAUCCUGCGGAGCACAGUGAUGGUGCGUGUGGGCGGAGGCUGGAUGGCCCUGGACGAGUUCCUGGUGAAGAACGACCCCUGCCGUGUUCAUCACCAUGGGAGUAAAAUGUUGCGCUCGGAAUCAAACUCUUCAAUUACUCAGUCUCCUAUAGGUUGGCAACAAAUCUCACAUUUUCUCACCUUGCUCCACGAACCCUCCAGUGCCAAAGGCAGGACAAACAUGGAGUUGAGAGAGAAGUUCAUUCUCCCAGAAGGCACCACUCAAGUGAUGGCCAGCUUUCGGUAUAGAGGUCGUAGGUCACGGCCGUCGUCUCGGGCUGCCUCCCCCAACAGGUCCAAUUCCAGCCAGAGCUGUCCGGCCCAGCAUAACAACCCAGCCUUGCCCAGCACACCCAAGACUCCCCAACACAUAACCCGCAAUUAUGAUAAACCCUGGUUGACAAACAGCAAACCCUCCACUCCUCUUAAAUCAUCAGACUCCUUUGAGAGCCAAGGUUCAUCCUCUGAGAGCACCCCGAUACAGGGCAGCAAACUCCGGCUGCCUGGGUACCUGUCAGGAAAAGGUUUCCAGUCAGGAGAAGAUCAGGGAACCUUGAUCAACGCUGCCGUGAUGAAGGCGCGGGGUCAGGCCAUAGGCUAUGAAUCGAGACGGACGAGCAGCCGACCCGGAAGUAAAACAGGAAGUCGGGUCAGCAGCCGCAGGGGGAGCGACGCGUCAGACUUCGACAUUUCCGACAUUGCGUCGGUGUGCUCCGACACAUCGGAGACGGUGGGCGACACCAGCCGGGCAACGCCUCGCUCGUCGUCACGCCAGCACGGAGGCAAGCCCUCCAAAAUCCCCACCCCGCAGAGGAGGUCGACUCCGAGCAAACUAGCCAAGACCUCCAAGAGGUAGUCGGUUGGCCGUGAGAGAACGGAGUGGCUCUGGAAGUUCCCCCGAGACAUACGGAGACUGGAGGCACACGAUCUGACACUAAAGACUGCCGUAUGUGUUGAUUAUUUAAAGUGUUGUGAAGAUGUAAAAUAUUCUGUUGAAAGAAAAAAAAACUGUUUAAUAUUAAGUGAGAAUGGAAUGCCAAUGGCCUUGUGUAUUUGUCUUAAUGUAUUUUAUUUUAUGUGAAUAAUGUCAAAUUAUUAUUAUUAUUAUUUUAAUAAACCUGAAGAGGUUGAAAAAACUCAAAAGGAAAAAAAACUGGGAAAAGACUGUACAUUGUGUGGUAAACUAACAAUUUGACAGACUAAUGAAUGGAAAGCAGCAUUGUGCUCUUAGAGAGUUACUGAAUGUACUGUAAUUUCUGUAUGCUGACAUGCGUGUGGGUCACGCUACCCUGUGGGACACCUAAAUGACAUAUUAUCUAUUCAAAAUGCAAUGUACCACCAAAAACACAUUAAAAGGCAAUACAAGUAUACAUGUAGCCUACCACAUAAUAAGCACUGCAAGUAAUGACGUUCUGACUGAGAAACAUGCUGUAGGCAUGUUCACGCAGAAACGCCUCAAUAUUCAGGCUUCAGAGUACUCCACCAUACCUUAGCACCUGCCGGUACUGUUUUGUUUGGUUGACUUACAGCGAUGUGUGCCAUUUUACCUUGAACAACGGGUCUCCCCGGGGACCCUAAUAGACAUUAUUUAGUGCAUUCAUCAUGUCAAUGUAUGGUUCAUUUUGCUAGAGUGGAAAGGAUUACUGUAACCCUUUUUGUAAUAAAUCUGCUUGCGUAAAGCUACCAUGGAAUACUGA